AUGGCAGAUAAUGAUUAUUUAGAUUCGAUUGACAACAAUCACCUAGACGGAGCCAACGGUUCAGUAAAUAUGACCGACAACAGCUUGGGUGGAGAUGAAGCUUCAGGUACAGAUGUGCCGGACCUGGCGGCAAUUAAGGCCAGGGUGAGGGAGAUGGAAGAGGAAGCUGAAAAACUUAAACAAAUGCACACAGAGGUUGAUAAACAGAUGAGCAUGGGAAGUCCACCUGGACUUACAAGUCCAUUAAACAUGUCUAUAGAAGAGAAAAUAGAAGCAGAUAACAGAUCAGUGUAUGUUGGCAAUGUUGACUAUGGAGCGACUGCAGAGGAACUAGAACAGCACUUUCAUGGUUGUGGAUCUAUUAAUAGGGUUACAAUAUUAUGUAAUAAGUUUGAUGGACAUCCAAAAGGUUUUGCGUACAUAGAAUUUGGUGACAAGGACAGUGUACAAACAGCUAUGGCUAUGGAUGAGUCUUUGUUUAGAGGGCGUCAAAUUAAGGUGAUGCCAAAACGCACCAACAAGCCGGGUCUGUCAACAACGAACCGACCGCCGCGCGGCGUGCGGGGCCGCGGCCGCCCCAUGCGCGGCAGCUACACUCCCUACUUCUCGGGCUACCGGCCCGUGCGGCGCGGCAGAGGCUACAGGCGCGGCAUGUAUUACUCUCCGUAC